AUGGAUAAGAUCCUUGAGGACAGCGGAGCUCUGACUCCUGCUUUGCUUCUCGCAGAUGAAGGUCAAUUCGAGCAGAAAGCGUUGGACUUGCUGUCGAAGUUGAGCAAACUCUCCGCACAAGACUUCGAUGCCAGAGAUCAGCUUGAUGCAUUGCAACCCUCCACGCACACAAUCACAUUCCUCUACUUGCUGACCGUGAGCAUCGAUACUUCCGCCGCGAGCGGAAAAGCCGCACCUCGCCAACUUCCAUCGAGCGUCCUACCAGAAGGGUCUCUUUGGCCAUACAUCACCCAAAUCCUCCUCGACUUCGAUUUUAUCCAGGUGCGAUAUUGUGGUACGCAGCUUCUACGUAUCAUCGACAUCGUGACCCUUGGUGCGGAACAAACCUCAAACUACAUUCCAGCAAUUCAACUACUUCAUCAAGUCAUUCUUCGGCUUGAUAGCACAUCUUCAAUAUUGACUUCCACUCAUCGAGCUUUCAUUCGGCUCUGUCUUCUGGCAGAGGCAUAUACGGAAGCAAUCCUCAUUCUUGAUCAACCAAUAUAUCACAUUCCUACUGUUCUCGACAAUCGCUCGAAAAGUUACCUCUGUUCGAGUGGAGAUCAAAACUCUACCUACCUCAACCCAGCCACAGGUCUCACUCAACCCAUCACCGUUCGAAUUUUCCUUGAGUAUUAUCUACUAGGUGCGCUGUCUUACCUGGCUGUGAGACGCUACAAGGACGCUUUGUUCUUCUUGGAGAUUGUCCUUUCUACGCCUACGGCACAAAAUGCAGUAAGCAUGCUUCAAAUCGAGGCAUAUCGGAAAUGGACACUUCUUAGUUUGAUUCUGAAGGGCUCCAUCCCAGAAUCUCCAAAGAACAUCUCGCAGGGAGUUUUGAAGUAUCUCAAAGCCCUCGCCAAACCAUAUGAUUGCAUUGUCGAAGCUUUUGUGAGCAAUGACAUCGAGAAGCUGCGGACUGAGAUUGAGGCGGGAAGCGCUUUGUGGCAAGAAGAUGGGAAUUACGGACUCAUGGUCGAAGUCUACCAGGCCUUCAGAAAAUUCACAGUCAUUCGUCUGGGACGAACAUUUUCAGCUCUUCCACUGGUCGCAGUGGCAAACAAAAUGCUCGCUGAUGAACAAGAUCUGACCGAGACUCGGGCAUACCUUGAUUCCCUGAUCGCUGAGAGAGCUCUUCACGCUGUCGUCGUCAAUUCUGAUGAUGGAGAUCAAAUUCUGCGCUUUCUGCCUCCUUCGGUGUCUCUCAUGAAUGAAAGUGAAGUCGAUACUGCGCUCAGUACCCAAACUCUACGCCUCCAGCUGUUACUGAAACACAUCCAAGACUCUGAGCACCGCAUGGAAACUACCAAGGAGUACAUUGAAUAUCUUAAGAAGUUGAAGAAGGCCAGAGAUGAUGACAAGAAGGUGAGUGGAAGUGGGAAUGGAAGAACAACGACAGUUGAUGAUGUGGAUGAAGACAUGAUGGAGGAGUUCUAG